AACACUUUGUAAAGAGGUGGGGAGUUUGGAAAGUUAUUCGAACAAGUGAGAUACUAAUAAAAAUAUGUCUUCAAUCUACAGUCAGUCAAUCGAUGAACACAGUCAAACACGAACUUCUAACCGACAAAACACAAUGAAAAAAGUUUUUUCAAUUGUCUUCAUACCAUUACUAAUUGCAGCAUCAUGUGGACAAGAAUUAAAAGCUGUGGUAAAAUUAGUACCCAACAAUGUUGCUAAAUUGAAUGUUACUGGAAUUCUACUUAUUUCGCAAAGUGUGAAAAAUGGUCCUGUCACAAUUACUGGCACAAUAUAUGGCAUCCCCCCUGGUCUUCAUGGUUUUCAUGUUCAUGAAAAAGGAGAUAUGACCAAAGGUUGCAUUUCUACUGGUAAACACUUUAAUCCUGAACGGGUGAAUCAUGGAGCUCCAAACGAUAGAGUUCGGCAUGUAGGAGAUCUUGGUAAUUUAAAUGCGAGCGAAGAUUGGACGGCUAAAGUAGAUAUUACUGACACCAUGAUAUCUUUGAGUGGACCAAACAGUAUCAUCGGUAGAGCAUUUGUUGUUCAUGAAAAGACAGAUGAUCUAGGAAAAGGAAACUCAACAUUAUCUUUAGAAACAGGCGAUGCUGGAGACCGCAUAGCAUGUGGAAUCGUAGGAAUUCAGUAGGUUACCAUUUUUUUAAUAAUGUAACUUUAUUCUUAUUCAAUAUUUUUGACGUUCUACAGAAAAAGGUACCUUACAUUAUAAAAUUCAAUUUUGUAUUUUUAAUAAUAUUCGAAAAUUUUCGAGCUGGAAUCUAAUUAAGGCCAGGACACGCUUAAUUAGUGACUUCUUUGAGAAAAGGCAUAUUCCUAAACGCGACCGUACCUUUUUCCUUGGAGCUUCACAUGUAUUGUAAGUCGUAACUGAUGAAUUGCAAAUUGUAAAUAUUCUAUUUGAAAAUAAUUUUUUCUACACAAAAACAAUUUUGGGUAAUGUGAUGUAUGCGAAGUAGACUAACAUUUGCCAAUUGAGGUACAGUUUUGAUUUCGGUAAAUUAUAUUCUUCAUUGUGGCGCGCUGAUAGCACAUAAUGUGGCACUAGUCCCACUAUUCGAUAUCUUUUGAACAAUUGUAAUAUGUCACGUCACCCAAGACAUUUUUUAUGUGUAUUUAAAAAGUUUUUAUAUUCUAAUGUAUGCACAAUGUAAAAUCCAAUAGUAUAUUUUCAAAAUUUUACAACACUACAUAAAAUAAAUCCAUGUUAAUAAAA